GCCCCACCCGUCUGUGGUCCGAGCCCGGCCGCCCUUGCAGGUCAGGUGCCCCGUGCCCGGCGCCCCACGCCCUGCCUGGCCCCCUGCGCUCAACGCCCCGCCUGGCCCCGACUACACCGCCUCGCCCCAGUGUGCCCGGACCCGACACCCUGCCUUGUCGCCUUCUUUUCCCUCGCAGGACCGGAAAGAGCAGCCCCGGGGGCCGGGCCAGGGCCUGCACACCCCUAGAAAGGAGCCGGUGUGAUCCUGACAGGCAGAGAUGGGGAAAAAACUGGAUCUUUCCAAGCUCACGGACGACGAGGCCAAGCACAUCUGGGAAGUGGUUCAGCGGGACUUUGAUCUGAGAAGGAAAGAAGAGGAAAGGCUGGGGGGAUUGAAGGACAGGAUUAAGAAAGAGAGCUCCCAGAGGGAGCUGCUCUCGGAUGCGGCCCACCUGAAUGAGACCCACUGCGCCCGCUGCCUGCAGCCCUACCGGCUCCUCGUGGCCCCCAAGAGGCAAUGCCUGGACUGUCACCUCUUCACCUGCCAAGACUGUAGCCACGCCCACCCGGAGGAGGAGGGCUGGCUCUGUGACCCCUGCCACCUGGCCAGGGUUGUGAAGAUGGGCUCACUGGAGUGGUACUAUGGGCACCUGAGAGCCCGCUUCAAGCGGUUCGGAAGCGCCAAAGUUAUCCGGUCCCUGUGCGGGCGGCUGCAGGGUGGAGGUUUGCCUGACAGGGCACGUGACUCACCUGACCUCCACAGUGGGCCUGAGCCAAGCCCUGGAGAGGGAAGUGGAGACAGUGAGCAGACAGAAGAGGAUGGAGAACUGGACACAGUGGCCCAGGCCCAACCCCUUGGGAGCAAAAAAAAGCGCCUCUCCAUUCACGGCUUGGACUUUGAUGCAGACUCUGAUGGCUCGACUCAGUCCAGCGGUCACCCCCCAUAUCUGUCCCCGGUCCCCAUGGCCACAGACAGCCUGCAGGCCCUCACAGGUGAACCCCGUGCCAAGGACACCUCCCAGGAGGCCGUGGUCCUGGAAGAGGCUGAUGUCAGUGUCCCUGGACGCCACCCUCAUCCAGAAGAGCAGACAGACAGCCUCUCAGCUGCCAGACAGGACAUGCUCACUGAGCCCCGCUUCCCCAGACAGUCCUGCACAACAGCCCUGGGGUUGGCUGUCACACCCGGUCCAGGCGUCAUCAGCAGUAGUGAGCGGCUCUCCUCCCGGUACCCGGCUGACGAAGGCACCUCCGAUGACGAGGACACCGGGGCUGACGGUGUGGCCUCCCAGAGCCUCACGUGGAGGGACUGCGCCCCGGCUGAGAGCCAGCAUCUCACCGGCCACCAGCCCACAGACGCCGACAGAGAAGAAGAGACCCUAAAGAGGAAGCUGGAGGAGAUGACCAGCCACAUCAGUGACCAGGGGGCCUCGUCCGAGGAGGAGGGGAGCAAGGAGGAAGAGGCAGGACUGAACAGGAAAACCUCCAUCGAGGACCUCCCCGAGGCAGCCCCAGAGGUGCUCGUGGCUGCGGGCCAAACGUCCAGACAGGAAACAAGUCCCCGGGGUCCUCAGGAACUCAUGCAGCCCGGCAGAACCACGGACCAGGAGCUGCUGGAGCUGGAAGACAGAGUGGCCGUGACGGCCUCUGAGGUUCAGCAGGUGGAGAGUGAGGUUUCUAACAUCAAGUCCAAGAUUGCCGCCUUGCAGGCUGCCGGGCUCUCGGUGAGACCCUCGGGAAAGCCCCAGCGGAGGUCCAACCUCCCGAUAUUUCUUCCCCGACUCGUUGGGAGAUUGGGCCAGACCCCUAAGGAUCCAAACGCAGAGCCUUCGGAUGAGGUCAAGGUGAUGACUGCACCCUACCUUCUGAGAAGGAAGUUCAGUAAUCCCCCAAAAAGUCAAGAUAAGGCUGGCGACUCCUUUGACCGGCAGUCAGCGUACCGCGGAUCCCUGACGCAGAGAAACCCCAACAGCAGGAAGGGAGUGGCCAACCACAGCUUUGCAAAACCCGUGAUGACCCAGCGGCCCUGAAGGGGGGUUGUCAGAAGAGGACGGAGCGACCCCAGAGCCCCGGCUUUCCCUCCACCUCAGCCAUCACGUUCCUCCGCCUGCCGUGCACUUUGUGCUGCACUCGGUCCAGCGGAGAGACGCGACGGAACAGCGUCCAUAAUGGAACCCCACCUGCGAGGGGACUGCCAUCGUCAGACCUUCAGCUGUUUGCCCACGUUCCCUGACGCCCUCCGACACCACCCCUGCCGGCCUGCUCUGAUCCGUGAGAAACAUCUAAGCUGACAUUCUUUCCUUUAGGACCGUGUUCAACUUUUUGAAGGACACAAAGUAGAAUGUUCUCAGUGUCAUCUUUCAGCCCUUUCCCUGCUGGCUGGGACGGUAAAGGGCUGGCUCCGCGUAGCACCUGCUAUGUGUGUGCCCCACACCGUACCGGAGCAUGAGCAGGUGUGUGUGUGUGUGUGUGUGUGUGUGUGCACGCGUGUGCAGCCAGACAAGGAAAUUGGGCGUCAAGGCAAGUGAUUGAACUCAUGGCCAGCUGACAGAGAGGGAUUGAUCCCCGCCCCCCGCCCCUCACACCUAUUCUGCAAGUUCAUCUGUGGCUCACAGACCAAGAGAAAUUCCACUGGGGUCAAGGGCAGAGCAAGCACGUGGUAGCUGGUGAGCAUCUGAUCGAUGUCCAAGUGCAGGUACAGAGGACCUGCUGGAGAGGUGGACGCUGGGGCUCUAGACAGGCAGGACGGUGGGUUCCAGCCAGCACUGCCACUCCUGCGGUGGCAUCCAGUGGGACAGGGGAGCAGGACCUCUUAGUGAUGCCUGCUGCCCACCUGUCGUCAGUCUUGUAGGUGAGCUCCGAGUGCUCCCCCACCAGGACAGCCUGGGAUUCGGGGUUACUUCUGGGCAUCUGUGUGGCUUAUCCAGCUUUAAGGGGAGCCCACUGGGACCCUCGGGGCUGCCUUGGAACAUAGUAAUGGUAAUGGCACCCCCCCCCCAACUGAGCAUCACUACAUGCUUCCCAGAGACUCUUUACUCCUUGGGUUAAAUUUAAGCCCAUUUCUUUAGGUUUAUUUAUUUUGUGAGAAAGAGAGAGAACAUGAGUUGGGGAGGGGCAGAGAGAGAGAGAGAGUGAGAGAGAAUCCCAAGCAGGCUCCGCGCUGUUAUCGCAAGGCCCCACGUGGAGCUCGAUCCCACCAACUGUGCGAUCGUGACCUGAGCUGACAUCCAGAGUUGGACACUUAACCGACCGGGCCACCCAGGCGCCCCGCUUUUAAGCCCAUUUUGCAGAAGGGGACACUGAGCCCUGUGUGUGAGGCAGCCUGCCCUGGGAGCUAGAGGCUACCACGUGAUGCUUUCUAAAGUGACUUUGGGCCAGCUUGAACUUUUCUCUCUUAAACUGCUCGGGGACGGAAGGGAACGAAAGGCAGGUGGAGAACAGAGGGGAGCAGGCGAGCCUGUCUUCUGACCUGACGGGGGUCAGAGUCCCACCCCCACCCACUACCGUGCGGACCCUGGACCGCUAGCUCUGUGUUUCCAGUGAGCCCAAAGGUGGCGGCCGCAGAGCUCACGCCGUCCCCAGGCCCGCCCGCGGGUUUCAGAAAUCAAUUUGAACGACUGGGCUUCAGGUUAUGCUGGGGUCUGUAGAAAAGACAGACGUGAGGCCCCUUCUCUGGAUGGAAGCUGGUGCAAAUACGUAGCUCCUGAUUCAGUGCUAAAAACGAUUAAAAGCUUCCUACAAAUGAAAGGAGAUCAAUGGCGGGGGGGGGGGGGGGUACACCUCUCCUUAUCCACAAAGUAAAUCAAAGUCAACGUGAGUUCCUAGGAGUUAGAGAAGAGACGGUCUGCCGGUCGUGUGUCCCCGAGUGUUCAUGUAAUAGGGACAACGGGUCCCAGGUACUACUUGUUCCUACCGGAGGACUUUAUUAGCCACGUUCGUUCCUCCACUGCCGACUCGAGCGCCAUCAGAGCGAGAGCACGUACUCAUUCACUCAUUCACUCAGCGGCACCACAGAGGCCCGGUGACCUGUGCUGACCUGGCGGGCGUCCUCCCAGCCCCCAGCACCGGUCCCUCCACCCCUCCAAAGCUCCUCUCCAGCCCCCAUCAAGCCCCACGGCUCUGCGUACCUAUGGGCUGGAAGUGCAGCCAAUUCCACACCAGAGACCAGCCACCCCCUCCUCCAGCUUCUCAGAGUCCCCCUUCCGGCCGAACUUGGCCUCACCGCCCCCAGCCCCUUGCUGUGCCCAGUAAUGUCCACCCCAGCCUUCCAGCAGCUCACUCCAGGGCUUGGGGCUGUCGUUUCUUCUCCUUCACCCCCACAUUCUGUCGGGAAAACCUGGCUGUUGGGAAUAUACCUUUAUGCCAAAGAC